AACAUUUUCACCCUCAAUCAUAUCCUGCUCCAAUUUAAGUGGGCUUAUUAGCAACCCUGUAAUCACUUCUACUUCCUACUCCACAAUACUUAAAUUCGGUUAUUCCCAGUGCGAUACGUAUAUCAACUGUGUCAUAUACGUGAUAAUGGCUUCAAGGCUUUUGGUUUGGUUGGCGCUUGUGAUGCUGUUAACGCUUGUUAUCGGUUGUAAUAGCUCCAGCGUCGACCAUCUGCCGUCGACAAGCGAGGAAAGUGAGGACUUUAAGGCGAAGGGAGAGGCACAAGAAGCAACAGAAGAGGCGGCAGAGAAAGCUGAAGAGGCGAAAGAAACAACGGAGUCCUGGACUGAAUGGGCUAAGGAGAAAAUCUCUGAGACAAUUGGACGAAAGCAAGAUGAAGCUAAGAAAGUCUCUGAUGCAGUCACCGACUCUGCUAAGAGGGCCAAAGACGAGGCAUCUGAAAGAGCUGGAGAUGUGAAGGAUGCCGCAACACACAAGGCAGAAGAAAUGGCGGAUAGGGCAAAAGAGAAGACGAAUGCAGCCAAGGAAAAGCUUGGUGCUACAGUUGGUGCAGCUAAAGAGAAGGCUAGUGAAACUGCAGAAGAAGUAAAAGAAAAGGCUUACGAGGCAAAGAAGGGAGCGGCAGAGAAAGCAGAGGCGGCAUAUGAGGAAGCAAAGGACAAGGCCAGAGUAACUAGUGGUGCGGCCAAGGAAAAAGCAUCCCAGAAGGCGGAAGAGGCGAGGGAGCGGUUAGCAAAGAAAGCUGAAGACGCAAAAGAGGCGGCUAAGGAAAUGGGGAACAAGGCAAGGGAAAAGCAAGCGGAAACAGAAGACGAGGCUAAAGAGGGUCUUGAUAUAGCCAAACAAAAAGCUGGGGAGACCUUAGAAUCUGCAAAGAAGAAAUCACAGGAGCUUAAGGAUAAUGUAGGUGGUAGGGUGGCAGACGAAGAGCUUUGAGCUCUUCAAAAUGACUAGUUUAUUUUAUUUUAUUUUAGUUGAUUUUUUUUUUUCAAAGAGUUUAGUUGAAUUAGGGGUGUGUUGUUUUUGGGUUUUGAUUUGGUGUUGGUAUUGGUCUAGUGAGUGGUCGAGUAUUUUAUUGGAUAACACUAUCUAAAAGAAUCCUGGGCUUAGCAAAAACAAAACUGCUGGCCCAUUUCAUGCGAGGGGAAUUCAAGAUUAUAUAAAAGCCUUAAAGCCUUGAUGUGUC